CCCGGAGCCUGGGCGGAGAGGGAGGAAAACUUCCUGGCCUGAGCUCAGGCUGCUCUGUCUGCCAGCCCUACAAUCCCGCCUACCAGUACCGGGUGCUUCCUACCCCUCCCCCGGCGCCCCCAGUGUUCGCCAUGGCCAAAGCCUACGACCACCUCUUCAAGUUGCUGCUGAUCGGGGACUCGGGGGUGGGCAAGACUUGUCUGAUCAUUCGCUUUGCAGAGGACAACUUCAACAACACUUACAUCUCCACCAUCGGAAUUGAUUUCAAGAUCCGUACAGUGGAUAUAGAGGGGAAGAAGAUCAAACUGCAAGUCUGGGACACGGCUGGCCAAGAGCGAUUCAAGACAAUAACUACCGCCUAUUACCGUGGAGCCAUGGGCAUUAUCCUAGUAUACGACAUCACAGAUGAAAAAUCCUUUGAGAAUAUUCAGAACUGGAUGAAAAGCAUCAAAGAGAAUGCUUCAGCUGGGGUAGAGCGCCUCCUGCUGGGGAACAAGUGUGACAUGGAGGCCAAAAGGAAGGUGCAGAAGGAGCAGGCUGAUAAGCUGGCUCGAGAGCAUGGAAUCCGAUUUUUUGAGACAAGUGCCAAAUCCAGUAUGAAUGUGGAUGAGGCGUUCAGUUCUCUGGCUCGGGACAUCUUGCUCAAGUCAGGAGGCCGGAGAUCGGGAAACAGCAACAAGCCAUCCAGCACUGACCUGAAAACCUGUGACAAGAAGAACACCAACAAGUGCAACCUAGGCUGAGGACCCUUUUCUUACCUCCCCACCCUAAGCCUGGGAGAUAAAACUGAGGGAGACAGGACUGAGGGGCUGCCCAUGGGGAGAAAUAGUGGUAGAACUUGAAGGAAUAAGUGAGUAGGUGAUAAGGAGAAUGAGGAGAAAAUGGAGAAGAAAAAAAGAAGGUUGAAAAGAGGAGCAGGGGCAGGGAGAAAGGAGGGGAAGAAUCAAGGAAGUGAAAGAAAGUGAGGAGGUAGAACAAGAGAGAGGAGGGAAGAGAGGAUAGAUAGUCUCAGGUUUUGGGCCUUCCCUGGCUUUUCAGGUCAAACAUUAAUGUAAAUAUAUUGAUUUCUUCUGUUACUAGAUCAGGUUUUAGGUUCCUGAGAGAGGCUGGCUCAGCACCCAUCUCUGAAGGUUUGUCACUUUAUAUGGUCUUUCUCAAUAUUAAAGGCCACUGUUUGCACAAA